AUGUCUACACUCUCGGAAACGUUGGCGGCCACAAAUGUGGUGGUGGUCUGCUUACCAGUUAGUGUAUACAGAACGGUAUCUGGUUCGACUGUGGUGUCACACAUGGUUUCUACCUACCGAAACGUCCGAUUUGGAUUGAUGGUCGGCAUUGGAGGCGGAGUGCCCAGCAAAAGAGCUGAUAUUUGCCUUGAUGUUGUGGUUAGCAAGCCAACUGCUACCUCAGGCGGCGUUAUCCAGUAUGACUACGGCAAAACACUCAAUGGAGGACAUUUUCAGCGCACUGGAUCCCUCAACAAAUCUCUCUAA